GUCUGGCUGCUUUGGAACGGAGAAGCCCGAGUCGCUCUCCCUCGCAUCGCGUGCAUGUUGUGCUGUGAGUUCCCCACGCUGGCGCUGCACAACGGAGUAAUGGAUUCUGUGCACAACGGCGGCGGCCACGGCGACACGGCGGCCGUCAAGGACCACGACGCCAUCAAGCUGUUUAUCGGCCAGAUCCCGCGCAACCUGGACGAGAAGGACCUCAAGCCGCUCUUCGAGCAGUUCGGCGCCAUCUACGAGCUCAUCGUGCUCAAGGACAAGUACACGGGCAUGCACAAGGGCUGCGCAUUCCUCACCUACUGUGCCCGGGAAAGUGCCAUCAAGGCUCAACACGCCCUCCACGAGCAGAAGACUCUUCCUGGGGUGAGUGCUGUUCCUCUGCCUGGAGAGCCUCGCAGGAAUACCUGGCGAUCGCCUCGCCACGUAAAUCCACACUUUCCAGCGACCACAUUCGCUCAACAGGAAUCUUCUUUCGUUUACCAUCUGUGAAGUUGGAAUGCAGGCGACGAAUCGCCAUUUGCGCAUAUAUUAAGCAGGAAGGUAUGACCAUGGAUUACGACCUGAGCCUGACCAGGGUCAUCACGCCUGGUCAAAGAACUUUGCAUGUAAGAACAAAAACAGUGCGUUUUGUUACCAUGGGAAGCGGGCUUCACACAGGUCAAACAACUGGCCGCGUGGAGCCG